ACUCAUGUCAGUUGACAGUUAACAUUUGGCGGGUAAAUUGUGCUGGUCAAGUCGAUGCGGUGCAGUAAUCAGAUGGUCACUACCAAUGGCUACCACACGACAACCUUUUUCUUCUCAGUCGACGAUGUAUAUUUUACUAGACUACACAGAUGAAGAAAGAAGUGAUGAAAUUGAAAUUAUAAACAAGGCACUGGAGGACACGAUUGUCAUCGCAGGCGCCGUCGUCGGGGCGACUCGCCUCCCAGGCGUGGGCGUGGGGUUGCUGGGGCCUCCCUUCGCACGGCUCCUGAAGCUCAGUUCCGUCAGGAACAACCUGCCUUCAGUGCUGUCGUCGUUGAGUCGCGUGUUCCAGGAAUUAACGCCGACAACACAGGGGACGGAAACCCACAUGGAGGUCUGUGCUGCACUGGAUGCUAUCGUAGCCGAGGCAGAGAGGUUCAGUCCUGCGCUGACUUAUCCACUCCAGUUGCUUGUUCUGACUUGGCGCCCCGUCCCUCUCAUGAUGGAGACUUUCACGUCCGCCCUCUCUCUCUCACACUCCAAAUACCUUCGGGCCGUUCAUGUUGUUGGAAUUGCGUCCGUACUACACCCUGACAUAGGAGAUGACACGCCCCCAGGCGACGCUGCUGGAGGCGUUUGGGUCACGGGUGCUACCUACACUGCUGAUCCAUACACGUUCAAUGCUCUUUUCAAGUCGUGGCUUAGCGAGAGCAAGGGAACAGAGCCGCACGUUCAACUCAUCUUUCCAUCAUCUCCAGGGGAGGAGCAAGGAGAACCACUGACCCUGCUACUUGACAUGCAGGAAAUAAUGAUUGAUCCAUUGUCGCUCCCAAGUGCUAUUGCAUCUCGACUGAUCGUUCACCAGAACCUAUAUAGAACAACAUCUUCGACACAAGGUAGCAACCUUCCCGUCGUUGAAAUGGAAGUCAUCAAGAGGGUCAACGCAUCAAGCUUUGCAACGGCUCUCAUGGGACCUCCUACGUAUCUGCUACCGACAGGCGCCACCUCACUUUCCUUCGACAAAAUAUGGGACAAUAAGCUGUACGUCGCAAAAGCGUCUCAGAAAUUAGAGGAGAAGAACGAAGCCUUACUCGCCAGGGUUGUAGCGCCACCAGAUACUGUGGCUGCCCAAGCGGUAAUUUUCCCGGCACCCCAUUGCUCAGCUCUUUCGAUGAUCCACGUGGUACCGUGUGAACUAAUGUUGGCCGAGAGACACUUGGAAGGAAGGAACAGCCAGCUCAUAGUCCCUGAAAAGGUAAUAAACGACAUCGAGCAGAAACUAUCAGAAUUGGAGGUCUCAGAACUCAGGCUAGAAGAUCAUACAACAAAUCUCAUUCCUUCUCUGGUUCAUCACUUCACUAAGUCAGCGAGGGGUGCCACAGCUCGCAUUCCACCUACAAAUAUCUCGGCUGUUAACCAUGCUCGAGGCCAACGUGGAGGAAGGGUCACACCUAUUCGCCAGGUGCAUCCAGCCCUCAUGACCCAGCCUUUACCAGCAUCCAGGAGUGCAGGACGCUAUAACAGAGCCAGUGGAAGGAUGGGUCAGAGGGCUUUAAAUGCCUUUCAAACGAGCAGAGCCAGACAAGACUGAAGAUGUAAAAUAUUUGAUUUAGUGUUCUGGAACAUCUAGGAUGUAAAUUAUCAGUUUAUCCAUACCUUAGUUUUGGACGCUUUUCUCUCUUUUUUUUGUCAUUCUCUGGGCCUUUUUUAACCUAAGGGUACCAUUUUCUCAAAAAAAUUCACAAUAAAUUAUUUUGAUUUUUAAAAUUAGAAAACUGCGUCAGGUGCUUUUGUAAAUCACAGGCAUUUGCAGACCAAGAAUUGAUGCUUUUUAUGGAAACCAUUCUGUGUGAUAACCAGGUAACCUUGUUUAUUUCAUGCUUACAGAAAAGAAAAAUUGAGAAUGAAUCCCUUUUCUAAAAAUGCCAAUUAGCUGUAGGCGUCUUUAUAAUCUUGUUUAAAUGUACACUAUAUCUUUUCUUUUUUCUUUUUUUUGGAAAUAAACCAUUUUCAUAAUCUGAACUGGACUUUACAUGUAUAUACUAAUUGUACAUAAAAGGUCUGAAUUUGAAUCAACCCAAGUGUAUUGGGAAACCUGUUUAAAAAUCUCUGAUAUAAAACACUGGCAUCACAAAGGAGUAAUCUGGGGUCAUUUGCAUAGCUAAGUUCCAAAUAAUUAAUAUUGGCUGUACUUGUAUUCCCCGAGAACCAUCCGUAAUACGAUUAUAGAAAUUAUAAUAUGUAGUUCAGACUUAGGAAUUCUGAGGAAAAGGAUACACUGUAUUUGCCCAGGGAGAAAUCAUCAGCAUGAAAGUGUUCAAUGCUGUAAAUGUAAUAUUAAAAGCAAGUAUCACACCGCAUAUGAUAAUGGUGAAAUAUUAAAUAAAACAUUUCAUAUUUUUUAUGAUCCCUGGCCAAGCUGUCUGU